CUCAUGAAUGCAUCUCUCACAUGUACAAAGACAAAGACAACGCUGAGAGCCAUGGCAGUGACCGGAGCGCCCGGCGUCGAGGAGGACUUGCAACGGCCGAUUCACCGCAUCCAUCGCAGCAACGUGCCCUUGAAGCCCGACAAGACCGACCCCUAUGGCUGGCAAGCCCGUGGCGCGCUGGUCCGCUACGCGCCAUGUCCUUUCUUGCAGAUCAAAGAAGGAGAUCCAGAUCUGAAAACAGCAUUGGAUGAGAUAUCUGAUUGGGUGAAGGAAGGGCAAGACCGUGAUGCCAGUCGGCAUGGGAGGUGGGCUGAGGAGUUUGAGGAAUUUAUAGCGCACAAGGACCGGCCCGAAGCGGUCGAGCUGAAGCAGGCGAAACAAACCAAGCCACAAUCGAUGAAGCAGUUGGUUGCCCUCAGCAUGAUCUACCGAAGACUCUCCGGAGAAGAAAUGGCAUCAGUGCGGAAGGCUUCAAUAUAUCCACGGCGGCUGUCCUGGGAGGCAUUGCGAGACAAAGGCUUCGAGACCGACAAAUGGACCCAGUUGUGGUACGUCGUCUUCCCCAUGAUGCUCUUCUUUUUCUGUUUCAGCUUCCAAAGCUUCAUGCUGCACAUCGCCACAGCCUUGUAUGUGCGCUACAUGGAGCGGAUCGACAACGUGCUGCCAGAACGCACAAACCUCGCGGACGUGGAAGGCGGCGAGCUGUUCGAUUUGGUGGCCAGAACCGUUGCGCUGGCAGCUGCCCAUGGGAACGAAACUGAAGCCAGCGAGGAAGCUGUCCGCAAUGGCAAUGUUCGCAUUCCCAUGAGCAUACUGGACCUCUCAGGUGCGAUACCUGCGGCACUUUGCACGUCUGCCUUCCUUUUUUCCUACUACAAGGGCAGGUUCCACGUCGGCCUGUGGUACAAGACAUACCUCAUUGCCUGCUGUAUGGCUGUGAUGAAGGGCAUCCUGGAUGUGGUGACCAUUUUGCCAGAUUCCAUUGGCUGGAAGCAGUGCAAAGAGCGGCUGAGCCCCGAAGCGUUUGAGAAAAUGAAAGACCGACAUUUCUUCACCGACUUCUGGGGAAGCAUGUCGCAGGCCGUGGUGGAUGAAGUGAUCGGUGUCGAUGGCAAGCGCAUUCGCUACUGUGCUGAUAUGAUGCUGUCCGGACACACGUAUUUCGCUGCAUUAUUUUCUCUGGCUGCUUACAAGCUUACGGGAGCCAUUGACAUGCCUGCCAAGGUGCAGCGAUUGGUUGGGGUGGUUUGCUGUAUUUGUGUCGUGGUAGAGGUGGUCAUGGUGGCAGCAGCGCGCUUCCACUACACCGUUGACAUGAUUACGUCGGUCUUUUUGGUUUGCUUGCUUUGGGACAGUUUGUACAUUGAGCAGACGGCAUCAGAUUGGUCUGAAGGCUAUUCAUGGAGAGAUCCCGAGAAGUUUACUCCACGCACCCUCUGUUGCUGUCGGAAACGGCAGCCAAGAACAAGCCGAAAGGCUUCGGCUUCAGGCAAGGAAAUGGCAGAUCCUGCUCUACUUCCUGGAGUUCUUCCUUCACAAUCCACACAUUUAAUCAACAUGCGAAUGUUGGAAGGACGUGCUCCCUGGGAAGUGGAAGCCUAUGGCUGUUUUGGACUUUCAGACGACGCUGAUGGUCAGGCUUCCGCUGGCGAGACGUGCCCUUUGAUGUGCCAAGCGUGAUUUCCGGUUGAAGCGAAGCGAAAGAAGCCAUGAUUUCUGGUCGAUUUUACUCACCAAUACCCU